CCUGUUAAUCGGCGUCAGUGAACCGUCAAUGCCGCGACGAGCGUCGGCGAUCACAUCGCGCUGCCAGCCGUGGGAACGGACACGUUCACGCCGUUACGCGCUCGCUCACUGUCAACUACAUCUCCGCGAGAGGCGCAUUCAUUACCCCGCUCCACCUUGGAUCACCCUUCGAGGUUGCCCGUGCACGACAAACCCGCGGCAAACACGACCGACUCACACCGACUCCCGGAAUGAUCGAUUAAUAAACGGACGGGCCGUCUCCACGAGCGAGACAAAUACCAUCAUGGCAACAAAUAACGCUGCGUCUUCGAACACAAAAGAGGGCAAUGUGGAAGCAGAAAUCGCCAGAGGUGAGCAAGACGACGUUUUAGAGGAUUAUUCAAAAUCGACAAAGGCAAAACUUCAGGAAAAACCUCGCUCGAAAGCGUUGGCAUCAAAAAUCGUGAAACGCGAUGUAUCGCAAACCGCUCCAAAAUCCGGAUCAGCCCGCAUCAAGGAAUUGGCGCGGCCAACGAGACAACGCGUGUUGAUGACAUUGCAGGAGAGAGCAUCGACAUUGUCACCGGUGUUCGUGGAUAAUCUCAUCAAAAUUAUCGAGGCGGAAUCCUGCUUAACACCGGAAGAGGCUGCGCAAGUACUUCGUGAAAAACGCAGAUCGCAGAAAGCAACACGAGCUCCAGUAUCCGUGAAAAAAUGGGAAAGAAAGAUUGCAAAACUGGAUGGGACGGAAGCAACAAGCACGUUGGAGAAGGAUGCGACGAUGUGCCAGUAUUUAAUAGCGGAAUGCUUUGUCAGGAGUAUUCUGGGAUACCAAUGUCAAUCGCAGAAGAAAGACGUUCGUGAAAUCGCGCAAGUAAUACUGAAACGUCUAACGUCUCUCGAUGGAUACACAGAUACUCGAAGCGAUGAUCGAGCAACGCAGCAGUUGCGCCUGUUAGCUGACAUAGUAGCUUGUUGGAUAGCUGAAGUACUUAUGGAAGUGGCUGAGACGCGUAAAGAGGCUCUAGAAGAAUACCGCGAGAAGAGACGGAUGAAAAUGAUGGAAGCGUCCACAUCUAAGAAGCAACCUAGUGGUGCCGUGAGGAAGAAGAAUAUAUUAAAAUUCGAAUUGACGGAGGAGCAGAAAGCUGACAUAAAAGAAGCUUUCGAUCUAUUUGAUCCGGAUGGUACUGGAAAAAUUGCUACCAAGGAGCUGAAAGUUGCCUUCAGAGCCCUGGGCUUCGAGCCAACGAAGGAAGAAUUGAGGAAGCUAAUAGCAGACGUCGAUCCAGACGGUCUUGGCAAGUUGUCCUAUGAAGAAUUCUUACAUUUAAUGAUGGUAAAGAUGUCAGAAAAGGAUUCAAAGGAGGAUGUAAUAAGAGCCUUUCGUCUGUUCGAUGACGAUGACACUGGAAGGAUAUCCUUCAAAAAUUUAAAAAGAGUGGCAGUUGAAUUGGGAGAAAAUUUGACCGAUGAGGAAAUACAAGAGAUGAUCGAUGAAGCGGAUAAAGAUGGCGAUGGAGAGAUAUCACAGGAAGAAUUUCUAAGGAUUAUGAAGAAAGCCUGUUUAUAUUAAGUUAAUGUCAAAGUAUAAAUGUUUGGACAAGUAUGUUGUAUUUGUGUGUGUUUAAACGAAAGACUGAUAAGUUAUUAUGCAACAUUAUACCAUUUUGUUAUACUUGUCAAAAAUAUUUUUUCAUUAAUUCAUAUCUCCACAUUAAUAUGUUUAAUAAUAUGUAUGUGUAUAUGUGUGCACGCACCAUUGAUGACAUGAAAAUAAAUAGUAUCUUUAUUGUAAACAUA